AUGUUAGCAAUGACCUCUGCAACAGACGCCGUUAGUUUCUUCUUCUUAUUCCUCUUCCUUCAACACUCCUUAUCAACAGCAGCGAGUGAUUCAAUUUCAAUUCCGGUUCCAGCUGAUUGGCCGAACCAAUUCCACUCGGUGCUGUUCAUAAACCGAAGCGGCAAUCUCCAGAAAACUGACUUAUGGUACGACUGGCCCAAUGGCCGCAACUUCAACAUAAUUCAACACCAGCUGGGCGUACUCACAUACGAUCUCGAAUGGGACAAUGGAACCUCCUUUUACUACACGCUCGAACCCUUCAACAAAACCUGCAAAAUCAUCCACUUCGAGGUUGGCAUUCUCCGCCCCGACUGGCUCAACGGCGCUAACUACCUCGGCCAGGAGUAUGCCGACAACUUCCUCUGCAACGUCUGGGAGAAAGUCGACUUCAUCACCUACUACGAGGAUGUCCUCACUCGAAGACCCGUCAAGUGGAUCUUCUACUCCGGGAUGGUUGCUCAUGUGAUAACAUUUGAGGUUGGUGCGGUGCUUGAGGAUGAACAUUGGCAGGCUCCUGUGUACUGUUUUGGUGAGACUGAGAAUGAGACAUUGAACAAAAAGAAUGCGCUGCUCUUAGAAUCAGAAGAUGCUGUUCCUGGUGGUUCUUCUCUUGGAAUGUUAAUGAAAGGAUUCCCCCAUUAUGCAUAUGCUAAGUAA